CAACUUGCAAACAACCACAAAACCAAAAAGACCUCGGAUCUCCAAGCGUCUCCGCUCAGCUCAACGAAUCAAAAUCGCAAAACCAAAAAGAUGAACCCUUCGUCUCUCCGAGCUCUCCUCUUGCUCCUCUCCACGCUCUCCUCUCUCUGCCCACUCGAUUCCCUCGUGAUCCGAGUACCCCCCGGUAAAGUCAAAUGCAUCGCCGAGGAUCUCGACGCCGCCGCCGUCUCCGUCGCCGUCUACUCCCUCGCCGGCGACUCCCCUCACCGCCUCAACAUGUCCGCUCGAGUGACGGAUCCAAAUGGGGAUACCAUACAUCUGUCGAAUGACGUGGAAUCGGGCCGGUUUGGGUUCACUGCUGAGAGGGCUGGGAGCUAUAGCGUUUGCUUCUGGUCGCCGGUGUUCAAGCUUGAAGGGGGAGAGAUUGAGGUUGAUUUCGAGUGGAAGACUGGGAUUGCUGCCGAUGAGUUCAACCGAGUCGCCAAAAGGAGGAAGAUCGAUGCAGUGGAGACAGACUUGAAGAAGUUAGAGAAUUCAGUUAACUUGAUAUAUAUGGAGAUGAGAAGUUUGCGGGAAAGGGAGGAGGAAUCUUGGAAAAUAAAUGUAGACACAAAUUCAAGAAUGGGUAUGCUGAGUCUACUAUCACUUAUAAUCUGCUUAGGAGUUGCCGGUUUGCAAAUGUGGCACCUAAAGACUUUUUUCACAAGGGAGAAAAUUCUAUGACUUGACACUACUCAGGAGUAAUCUUGAGAUAUCUUCUUCUUUCUUCUCUCUUCUUUUUUAUUUUUGUCUCCCUCAAAAAUCUAUGUCAUGAUUUUCAUAUGUAUAGGUGAUAAUAGAAACUGUAUUGAAAUAUUGAAGGGAAAUUUUUUCAACAGUAAUUUUGUUAAAAA